UUGGUGUAUCCUGAGCGUUGGAUCUAGGGUUGCUCAAACCUAAAAGACUAAACUCACGGGUCCAUACGUUUUCCUUCAUCCAGAUCUGGCAGACUAGUAUCCGAUCCUCUGUCCUCUCGAAGAUUUCAUCGUUCAACAUAUUCUCACCAUCUCUGUCAUGGGCCUGCUAUCUUGUUUUAGGUCUACCGUCCUGAGAAAAUGUUCCAAAGGAAGCUCUGGCAUGUCAAGAUUCCUGUAUACGAACAAUUUUCAACGAAACUUGAUUUCGUCUGGUGGCAAUGAAUCGUAUUAUGGGUAUUUUAACAGGAGAUCAUACACUUCACUUUAUAUGGGAACUGGAACUGUGGGUGGGAUUACAAGUGCUAGAAUCAGGGUGCCAAAUGUAGGAUGUGAAGGAUUCAUGUGCUCAAGUCAUCUGUCAAUCACUCAAAGAAAUUCAAGAUUGAUCCAUUCUACUAGCAAGAUUGUUCCAAAUUCUGAAAUUCAGAAUAUAACUACUGAGAUGGUGAAGACACCAGAGGUCUCAAGAUGGAUGGAUCAAGUCAUCCCUACAAUAGCCCCUUGUGAUGCAGCAGAACCAUGGCAACUAGGGUUUCAAGAUGCAGCAACACCUAUAAUGCAAGGAAUAAUAGACUUACAUCACGAUAUCUUUUUCUUCGUCAUUCAGAUUGGAGUUUUUGUAUCAUGGGUCUUGCUUCGUGCUUUAUGGCAUUUCAGGUCUAAAAUGAAUCCAAUCCCUCAAAGAAUUGUUCAUGGAACAACAAUCGAGAUUCUUUGGACCAUAUUUCCUAGUGUCAUACUAAUGUUCAUUGCUAUACCAUCGUUUGCUUUGUUAUACUCAAUGGAUGAUAUUGUAGUGGAUCCAGCCAUUACUAUCAAAGCUAUUGGACAUCAAUGGUAUUGGACUUAUGAGUAUUCAGACUAUAACAACUCUGAUGAACAAUCACUUGCUUUUGAUAGUUAUAUGAUUCCAGAAGAUGAUCUAGAAUUAGGGCAAUUACGUUUACUAGAAGUGGACAAUAGAGUGGUAGUGCCAGCUAAAACUCAUCUGCGUGUUAUUAUAACAUCAGCUGAUGUACUUCAUAGUUGGGCAGUACCUUCCCUGGGUGUCAAAUGUGAUGCUGUGCCUGGUCGUUUGAAUCAGAUCUCUACUUUUAUACAAAGAGAAGGGGUUUACUAUGGUCAAUGCAGUGAGAUUUGUGGAACUAACCAUGCCUUUAUGCCUAUUGUCAUAGAAGCAGUUUCUACUAAAGAUUAUGGUUCUUGGGUUUCCAGUCAAGUCAACUAAUCCCUGCUGGCUGUGUGGUGGCAGUAGUGGCAAGUAAGGUGAAAUAAAAAUAGGUGUUUCUUACUUUUGAAUAUUUGGUUUGUGUUGUUCCAUAAUCAUUCUUGAGAUCAAACUCAAACGACAAUAUUUGUGUCUUGAGAUCAAACUCAAACAAUAAUAUUUGUGUUAUCUGGUAUUGUGUUUUUUAAAGUCAAAUGCACCCAUAAUAUGCUUUGGAUCCCAGGUAAA